AUGGGGAGCCGGGAUAGCGAGUCACUCACUGCAGCUCCAGCCUCAGUGCAAGAGUCCUGGGCCGGAAGCUCGGAAGCUUUGUGCCGCUGCUGUGAGAGUCUCCGCUCCGAAUUCACCCUGGUGAUCGGCAUGGACCAGUUGUUAAUAGAUGGCAAGCUUGCUUCAAUUGGUGGGAAGUGCCAAGUUGACUUACAAUGUGCAGCAAAUAACAAGGCGCACAGAACCAUUGAGAUCAGCGAGAAGCGUCUGUUUCUCAGAAGGGGACAAAGCUUCGAUAUUAACGUGAUCUUCAAAGAUGGAUUCAAUCCUCAAAAUGAACGGCUAGAACUAGCUGUGACAAACGGUACUGAGCUAAGGACCUUAAAGGGGCUUAAAUAUAUAAAUAUGAUGCAUUUACACGCAUGUCCAAAAUAUUCCAAAAUAGUGUUUCCCUUUAGAGAUGAAUUAAAUGAAAGAAGAUGGAGUGGAGUAAUUAAGUCUUUCACCAAAAAUGAAUUAAGCCUGACCAUCACAUCAUCGCCAAGAGCCAUCAUUGGUCGCUACUCCUUCAGUCUGCAGCGUGAAUAUAUGGACAUAUCCUACUUCCUUGGAAACUUUGUUCUACUCUUCAAUCCAUGGUGUGCAGGGGAUGAAGUUUAUCUCAACAGUGAUGUUCAGAGAAAUGAAUAUGUGCUGAAUGAAACUGGGACUAUUUACUAUGGUGGUAGUGACUACAUUUGUGAAAGAGAGUGGAACUUUGGACAGUUUGAAGAAGAUAUUUUGGACAUCUGCCUGAAUCUAUUGGAUAAUGCUCUUCUGUUUACAUUUCUCGAACUGUGUCUGCCAUGCCCCACCACCGCCGCGGCCCCAUCAUCACGAGGCCUCACCACCGCGGUCUCGUUGCCUCUUGGAACCUUGGCCAGGGCCUCGCGUGUAGAAGCCCAGGUCGGACAAAGCGGCAGAGGGCACCCACGGCUGGGCACCAUGGAGGCCGUGAAGUGGGCUCGGUCGCUCAGGUGCUCGCCUGCUCGCCUGCUUGGCACCACGGAGGUGAAUAGCGCCAAUGACCAAGGAGUUCUCCAGGGUAGAUGGAGUAGCCCAUAUACUGGUGGAGUGUAUCCAGGGAAAUGGAAUGGAAGUAUUGCCAUUCUUCGCCAAUGGCAAAAAAGUAAUUUCAAACCAGUCCGCUACGGGCAGUGCUGGGUGUUUGCAGCAGUGACUUGCACAGUUUUAAGGUCCUUGGGUAUUCCUACCCGUGUAGUCACCAACUUUGACUCUGCUCAUGAUACCGAUGCAAACCUGACCAUUGAUAACUACUAUAAUGUUGAAGGGGACGACAUAGGAGGGUCAAGUGAUAGUGUUUGGAAUUUUCACGUUUGGAAUGAGAGUUGGAUGGCCCGAGAUGAUUUGGUCCCAGGAUAUGAUGGUUGGCAAGUUGUGGAUGCAACACCACAGGAGGAAAGUGACGGUAAUGACCUAAUUAGAAUUCAGGCAUAUUGUAUGCAUUACGAAAGGUACAAUGACAGAGGGAGAGGGGCUCAGGGUCAGUGAGAUGGGGUGGCACACAUAGUACCCCAUGACCUGAGGGAGGGCAGAGCCAGCACCGCCAUUCAAUGUGUUCAUGGCUGAUCAUCUCCAAUCAGUACCCCGUUCCUGUCUUCUCCCCAUAUCCUCUGACUCCGCUAUUUCUAAGAGCCCUGUCUAACUCUCUCUUCAAAGUAUCCAGAGAACCAGCCUCCACCACCCUCUGAGGCAGAGAAUUCCAAAGACACACAACUAUCUGUGAGAAAAAGUCUCCGUUCUAAAUGGCUUACCUCUUAUUCUUAAACUGUGGCCUCUGGUUCUGAACUCCCAAAACAUCGGGAACAUGUUUCCUGCCUCUAGCGUGUCCAAACCCCUAAUAAUCUUACAUGUUUCGAUAAGAUCCCCUCUUAUCCUACUAAACUCCAGCGUAUACAAGCCCAGCCUCUCCAUUCUCUCAGCAUAUGACAGUCCCGCCAUCCCGCGAAUUAAUCUUGUAAACCUACGCUGUGCUCCCUCAAUAGCAAGAAUGUCCUUCCUCAAAUUAGGGGACCAAAACUGCACACAAUACUGCAGGUGUGGUCUCACUAGGGCCCCAUACAACUGCAGAAGGACCUCUUUGCUCCUAUACUCAACUCCUCUUGUUAUAAAGGCCAACAUGCCAUUCGCUUUCUUCACCGACCUGCAGUGGAUACCAAUUGGACAAGACAGCACAUAGCAAUUGUACAACAUGAUCAAAUAUGGAAAGAUCGCGAUAAACUAGAAACCAGCUUAACAAUUCGAUCAUCCCAUUUAAUGUAGACAUGUGGAAAACUGUGUGAUAAGGCAUAUCCAUAAGCAAUGUCAAUUUGAUCAUUUUGUUCAACGGGUCAACACAAAGGUGAAGGAAUUGGGGACACUGAUAGAUCACUGAAGACUUCAAAUGAAUAAUGACACCAAAGCAAUCUUGGACAUGAUCACGGCAGUAACCUGGCACCACCUUGUUUCUAUUUGUAGAGAGAAUAAAUAUAUAAUAAACGGUAAACAUUUGAACUUCUGAGCAGAGAACACAGAUGCAGGUUGUUUACGUUCGUACUGAGAGACCUCGAGGCUGUUCUCCUAAUCCUCGGGGUUUCACCAAAGUAUGCCAAUGGGAGAUCAUUAUAGUCUUUGUCUGCAGAUGCAAAAUGCCUGUCAGUGAAUUGAACACCAAUUUAUAAUACACCCUAUUUUACGUAGAUACAUAAAUAAAUAGAAAAUAGGUCAUUCGGCCCUUCGAGCCAGCACUGCCAUUCAAUGUGAUCAUGGCUGAUCAUUCACAAUCAGUACCCCGUUCCUGUCUUCUCCCCAUAUCCCUUGAUUCCGCUAGCCCUAAGAGCUCUAUCUAUCUCUCUUUUGGAAUACAUCAGUGAGUCGGCCUCCACUGCCUUCUGAGGCAGAACAUUCCACAAAUUCACAACUUGCAAGUAACAACACAACAUACAGUAAACAAUUAAGAAUAAAACAUAAAACAUUAAAAUAUUUGCAGGGAGAAUAUGCACUCAAAUAUAGACUUUUGGCUUUCUUGACCAUUCACUUGCGUCCUUGUGUCUAUGCUCAAAGUUUAAAUCAAAACGAUAAACGUUUCCUCAAAUCUGACACCAAAACACACUGGCAUUUGCAGGGAUUCCCUAUUAACACACACCAAGUCCUGGAACGCUUUCUUCCAGUUUUUAAGUUGAUGGGAAAAUUACAGGAAUCUAUUGUACAUUUCAGAACCAUACUGUUGUUACUACUCCUGAAUGCCAUCAUUGUUCCAGAGUGACUUGCAAACCAAAAAUGUCUGCAUUAUCAGAGCGUUAUGAGACAAUAUUAAAAGUCAAAUUUAACUGGAUGAAAUCUUCAUUAGAUAUCUUUUAAAGUAGUGCUCAUGCAUUAUCCACACAAUGUUUCCAACUAUUCCCAGUCACCUCAUGAAACCCGUGCUGUCGUCGCCGAUGAACUGGAAUCUGACAACUUGCAUUCAUUUUCCAGACACACUUUAUUUACUUGUACACAGGGAGAGCAGCACAGACCCAGUUACCGUACUACUCUAAAAAUCUGCGUGGCAGGGUCAACUUUUGGCGCUUGACAGAUUUUGACCCUUGAAAUCGUGGGCAUGCUCUAAUUUCUUAUCACCAAUCGCAAUACAUUCUUAAAACAACUAUUAUCUCAUAAAUGCUAUUCAAACUUUUAUUUAUAUUUAAUUUUAGUAAGGAUACCUAAGCACCUUGUGCUGUACGCCAAAGGUUGCCUAUCAGGAACCUUAUGCUGUACAGCUACCUUAACUUUUGUCAUACUGGUGUUUCCAGAGUCACCUACUCCAAUGAACUGUAAGCAGAUUUCCCACAGGUUGUGGUCUCUUAAGAGAGUGGCAAUGAACCUGCUUCUUUAUGUGUCUCUUCUGCCUCUCCUGCCUCUGACAUGUACAUGUGGCUAGUUCAGACAUGGUCUCAGCAUCCCUCAGCACCAGCCAGAAGAUAAUCCCUUCUUUUACUGUAAAGAGAGUCAGGAUUCUAAGGCCCAAGGACAAAUUCACCAAGAUAUUUGGCUGCAUAAUCCCGUAGAAUAAGACUAGGAGCCUAAGCAAGCAUGUAAAUUGAUAAAGAUAAAUUGUAAAACUUCAAGAAGACAGAAAAAAAGGGAUAGGGUGGGUAGAGUGCCUAGAAAUACAUAAAGACCUCUAGAUGUUUUAUAAUAAUUCUGUGUUAAAGAAGGGUAACACUGAGCAUGUGUAAAUUACACGUUCUGCAGUCUACAUCAGCUGGAUCCUGUUCUCUGUUGUAAUAGGGCAAAUGGGAAGUGAAUGGUCUGUGAGAUUUGUAAAACCAUCUGGGGAGAAGGAAACUCCUAAGGUGAUUGCUAUGGUAAACGGAACAUCAAAAGGAAAUGCUGUAUUUUAGUAGAUGGAUCUUUGUUUGUUGAACUAUCUGCUAUAUUGUUCCAAGUAUU